AUGCGACCGUUCAUUUCAACCCCCCGAAGCCUCCCUGGUACUCUUCCUAGGAGCACACCUCCGGUCAAGUCCAUACUCAAGCCUGCUUCGAUUCUGGGCCGAAGGAAAGACCAAGACGAUCAGCCCAGCGAGGGCUCCGAGGCCCAAGAUCCGACCAGCAAGCGCCGCAAAGUGUUCUUCGACGAUAUAAAGAAUGUGACGUACGAAGUCGGCCGGCGGACAAUGGAUGAAAUCAAGCUGGAAGUGCGCAUGGCGCUCGAGGCCCACCUCCGAGGAGAUGACGGCCAGUACGACGGGUUGAAGGAGAUGUUCGCCAACGACAAAAAGAGAUACCUACCGCCGGUCGUGGGAGAAGAGGAGGACACGCUGAAGCCGCACGAGCUGCAAGUUUACCUCAUGGCUCUGACUGGCUGCAUCCCUAUUCUGAAGAGCAAGGACUGCAACGGCCUGGUCAAGGUCAUUCUCAACUGCUCCUGGCUGGGACGAGAUGCUGCAUUUGUCAAAGUGUUUACGCAUUUCCUCGCCGCACUGGUCAGCGCUCAAGGAUCCUACCUCAACCAAGUCUUGACCAUGAUCGUGGACAAGUUUCACGACACUCGCCCAUCCGCGUGGCGAGUCCCCGAUUUCCCCGAGAUCAGCCGCCACACGAUGCGAGAGAGGCUGCACUCGACUCUACAAUACCUUCUCAAAAUGUUCCCGUCUGCCAUUGCAGUUUUAGAAAACCUGCUGAGAAGCAAGUUCCCGUUCCUCGACGAUUCGAUGAGAGUCCACAUGGCCUACAUCCACAAUCUCCUCCAAGUCAAAGAAUACGUGCCCGACUUGCAAGAAGACGUUUUCGACAUGAUACUAGAUCGCGUUGUUAAAAUUGACUCACAGAUGCAGUUGGAUUUGGAAGACACGGAUGAUGACAUCACGGCCGCCGUCAUGUACGCGCUGCGCGAGAACCGCCAGGAAGAGGCAGGAAGCUGGGAAGACGAGGCAGAUGACGACAGCGAUACCGAAUCCGUCGAUAGCGACGACGUAGAUUAUGACCAAGAGGCCGUUCGAAUCAAGACUCUUAAGGACAGCGUGGAGAAGAUGGACUCGAUGCUUGAUACCCUGUUCGACGUUUACACACCGCAUUUCACAAACCCUGGGUCAGACAAGGCGUUUGACAUGUUCAUCACUAUCCUGCGCGAGUUUGAUCAAAUGGUCUUGCCAACAUACAAAUCACGACAUACACAAUUCCUCAUCUUUCAUUUCGCUCAGCAGCACGAGCGGCUUACAGACGCGUUUUGCGGUCAGCUCAUUGCUAGCGCCUUCCAGAGCAACACGCCAAAUAUUUUGAAGCAGGCUGCUGCCGCGUAUCUGGCAAGCUUUGUUGCCCGAGGAGCCCUCGUGCCGCGCAGCCUGGUGCGCACGAUUUUUAUGCUCUUGAUCCAUCACCUGGACCAGUACCGCAGGAAAUAUGAGCCCCUUUGCCGCGGUCCGGAUCUAAAGCGCUUUCACCCUUACUACAGCCUGUUGCAGGCCACCCUUUACAUAUUUUGCUUCCGCUGGCAGGACUUGGUUGUGUCUGCCCCCGAGUUUGUCGACCCUGAAGACCCGGCAUCAUAUAUUGGCCAGGACCUUGAGUGGAUUGGUACGACGAGGAAAGAUCUCUCGACGCACGUCUUUGGCAAACUCAACCCACUCAAGGUUUGUGCGCCGGUCAUCGUCGAUGAGUUUGCUAAGCUGGCGCACCGGCUCAAUUUCAUGUAUGCGUAUCCGCUGAUUGAGAGCAACAAACGCAUCCGCUUGACACAGUUCUUGUCAUCAACUUACUCCACUGGAGGAGCCCUCCGAGACUCUGGUUUCGAUACCCAAGAAGAGAGCUUUCACCAACUGGACCCAUAUUUCCCGUUUGAUCCAUACCAGCUACCAGUGAGCAAACGCUGGCUGGCGGAAGACUACGUACACUGGAAAUCAAUCCCGGGUUUGAAUGCAGAGGACGAAGAGGAAGAUAGUGACGAUUUUGAUGAGGAUGAGGAUGAUGAAGAGCUUGAAGAGGGCACCGCAACCGAUAGCGACGGCGGUGAAUCCGAGUAA